AUGUCAACCCACUGGCAUCCUAGUGCCUUCUUCCCCACUAGUGCCACGAAGCCGCACGCCACUCCCCCACGUCCAUACGCCGUGCUCGUUCUAAACCAAUCCCUCAACAGCCCAGCGCUCCACGCAGUGCUCACCAAUGCAAAGUAUCUCGUUUGUGCCGAUGCUGGUGCUGAUAGGUAUCUGAAAGAGCACCAGCUUUGGGUCUCAUCGACCUCCUCUAUCGCGCCAUCUGCCGCUACAUCAAAGCUAUCGUCAUCCCCCUCACCUGGUGUAACCGACUCAAACAACCCUCAAGCUGAGCACCGUCUGCCCGAUGCCAUCGUGGGAGAUCUUGAUUCUUUAACGGCCGAGACGGAGGCCUAUUACCGUGCCAGAGGUGUCGAGAUCGUCCGUGACCCAGACCAGUACUCAACCGAUUUUACAAAGUCCUUGAGGUGGAUUCGAAGCAAGGUGGUCGCUGCCGCCGCCACCUCGCCCUCGCCACAGCAAGAUCAUGACCAUCAUAAUGUCAUGGAUGUGCUUGUUUUAGGUGGUCUCGGUGGUCGAGUUGAUCAGGGCUUUUCCCAGAUUCAUCAUUUGUAUAUGGCAGAGAAUAUUGCCGACCUUCUUCAAGGCAGGAUCUAUCUAUUGUCUGAACAGAGCCUGUCAUUCGUCCUAGCUGACGGUCUGAACUUGAUACACAUAGAACCAGGCUCCUUUGCCGAAAAUGUUGGCAUCAUCCCUAUCCUGGGAAAGUCCUUCAUCAACACAAAGGGUCUCGAGUGGGAUGUCGAGGACUGGCCCACACAAUUUGGUGGCCAGGUCAGCACCAGUAACCACAUACGCUCAAAUGUAAUACAGGUCUCUUUUCAAGGGCCCAAACCUUUGUUCACCAUGGAGCUCGACACCAGCCUUUCAGCUUCCGGCGCUUGACUUUUUCACCUUUGGGCGGUGGUCCACUUUGUCGACGAUGAUUAAGCGUGCGAGAGCCGACACUACGGCAGACGAGAGUCUUCAAUAGUCCCUCAGCUCAACGCUCUCUCCCAUGGGUCGAGAUCUCAUAUGUGGCGGCUGGUGUGGCUUGCAUCGUCUCCAACUUUCCGCCACAAUGUUGGGGAGAAGGUAGCGGAUGCUUCGACUAUGAUCAAUCGGUAUCAAGGAUCUUUCAAGAACUGCUCCUGUGCACCGCUUGGUAUUUACUCAGAUCCAGAUCUGAAGUCGUGAUGGUUCUGGCAAGACUUGCCAGACUCUCGAGGGUUUCAUGUCCUAAAUGGGCCCAAGUUGGCCAAUCAGCCUGGCUUCUUCAUGAGUUUGGAAAAGGCCCCAAGACGGCUGUCAUUUUGCUGGUCUUGCACGACCACUGCCUUGGACGAUUUGUGGGUUUUGCCAUACCAAUCGACAUCGCUAAGAUUCAGUCUUCUGGCUCGAGGUUGAUUGCGCGAAUUUCGCUCGGCUCGGUUUAACGAGUGGCCAAAAUGAUCGUUCCCUAGGUUCAAUCCUUUAGUGUUGGGGUCUCCGGUUGCAAUGGUGCGAUCAGAUAUACCG